AUGGCUCCUGGUGCUGCAAAUUAUGCCGAACUUUACCAUCAUCUUAGGGAUGAAAAUGAAACUCCCCAAGUAGUUAUUCCACCCACAAGGUGGCAACUUUUCAAGCGUCGAACUGUGAUGCUUCUUCCCUUUGUAUGGCCUAGGCAUAGUAUCUGUUUGCAGUUUAAUUUUUUCCUAUGCAUUGGUAUAUUGGUUGUUAAUCGAGUUGUCAACCUUUACGUUCCAUUAUUCUAUCGAAAUGUUGUCAAUAGUUUAACACCGAAUGCUUCUACUAAUCACAACAUGAGCUCUGUUGUUGAACAGAUGAGAUCCGGAGACUUCAGUUAUAUUAUGGCUACAGUUGUUGGUCCAAGUGGCCUGGUAUUUCGGUGGGACCUUGUCCUCAGUUAUAUCGGAAUUCGAGCGCUUCAAGGGGUUGGAUCUCCUAGUUCUGGUUUGCUGGUUGCUUUGCAAAGUCAAUUGUGGAAUCCUGUGGAUCAAUAUUGCACACGAAUGUUGAGUGUCCAUCUUUUCAAGCAUCUCCAGUGCCAAUCAAUGGCUUGGCACUUAUCUCGUGAGACGGGUGCAAUGCUGCGCAUCGUAGAUCGUAGUACUUCCAGUGUCUCCUCUGUGCUCAAUUACCUCUCCUUCAGCAUCUUUCCAACUAUCGUGGAUAUUCUUGUGGGUGUUGUCUAUUUCAUCACGGCUUUCAACUACUGGUACGGUCUCAUCGUCUUUAUCACUAUGGGUUGCUACAUCGUUCUUACAAUUAUAAUUACGGAAUGGCGUACCAAACACCGUCGAGACAUGAUCGAAUAUGACAAUGCUAUAAGUGCUGUGGCUAUCGAUUCCCUGAUGAACUUUGAAACCGUGAAAUAUUACAACGGCGAGGCUUUUGAAGUCGAGCGCUAUAACCAGGCGAUUAUUAAGUACCAGCGCGCGAAUUGGAUCAACCAAUCAUCGCUCUCCCUUCUCAAUGUCACCCAAUCGAUUGUCAUUACAUUGGGCCUCCUGGUGGGCACCCUUCUUUGUGCUCGAGAUGUCGUCAUCGGUGCCCUCACUGUUGGAGAUUUUGUCCUCUUCUGUAGUUACAUUCUUCAACUUUACAUGCCACUCAACUUCUUUGGCACUUAUUAUCGGUUAAUGCAAACGAGUUUUGUGGACAUGGAGAAAAUGUUUGAGUAUCUUGAAAAGGGUAGUGAGAUCAACGAUGUGCCGAAUGCUCCCGAUCUGACUGUCACUGGUGGCAAAAUCGAAUUCAAGAAUGUCAACUUCUCGUACAUUCCCGAGCGCCAAGUCCUUAAGAAUGUCUCUUUCACUGUCGCGCCUGGAAAGACUGUCGCCUUGGUAAGUUUGUUUACUAAUCUCCUCUGUUUGAGUAUGUUUCCGUAUGCGUGGCUUUUUGGCAAACUUGCUGUGAAAUGUAAUGUUUAG